AUGAAACACACAUCUCCAUUAACUGUUUCAGACAUGAUUCACGUUUCACAGUAUUUUAAGACCGAAAAAGACUUUACGUCAAUUGUACAAAUUUCGAAACGGUACAACAACUUUCUCGAACUGUUCAAAGAAAACCCAAUUCGUAAAAUAACACUUUUUCCAAAUAUCGAGACCCAAAACAUAUUUUCGAAAACCGACGAAAAGGACUUGACAAUUUCAAAGCACAGAAUUUUGUAUUCAGUGACUUACGAGGAUUAUGCAAUUAUGUCAACUCAAGACGAAGAAUUCAUGUGUGUCACCUUGUCAUCAGUUCGUCCAACAAAUGUUGUGUAUAAUGGUGUGACAAAAUUACUCAGAAGUUGCUGUAAAUGCCUUCCAUUAAGUGAAAUAACACUACCAAACACUGUUCGCUUUUUGGGAGAAAAGUGUUUUGCGAGAAGCACUGGUCUUAAGAGUAUAACACUCUCGACAAACUUGAAGUACAUUUCACCACGAGCAUUUUUGAGUUGUCUUUCACUUUCAAAAAUCGACCUGCCAGACUCUGUGAAGUACAUAGGAGACAACACGUUCUGUUGGUGUCAAAGUCUAAAAGAAGUCAAACUUCCAACUCACAUUCUAUACAUUGGGGAACACGUGUUUACUGGGUGCACUGCGCUGACAAAAAUCGACCAAAACUAUUCCAUUUUUAAACACACUGUCACUUUCUCUUUCGCUAAAUUGUUAAACACAAAUGGAACUCAAACUCCAAACCUCAUUUACACAUGCGACGACAGAAAAGCAAACAUCUUGUUAGAGGCCUUUGAGGCUCAGACGUUAUCUAUAGAUCGAAACGCGUAUUGGGAAUGUAAUAAUGUGACAUCCGUGAAACUUCCACCGACUUUGGUGUCAUUGCCAAAUGCAUGUUUUGCGAAUUGUAGGGGACUGAUGGGUGUCACUCUCCCAACAACGUUAGAGUUUCUUGUGAACGAGUGUUUCAUGAAUUGUAUUUCUUUAAAAACUGUACAUUUUCCAAGCACAAUGACUGGGUUUAGAGAUAAGUGUUUCUUUGGAUGCGUUUCUUUGAAGACGUUAUCAUUGCCUCCAAAAUUGUCGCUUAUUGGCGUUCAGUGUUUUAGAAGGUGUUCAAGACUGAAUUUGCUUGAGUUGAAUUCACUCAUUUCAACAAUUCCACAAAGCUGUUUUUCAGAGUGUUUUGGGUUUGACGAAUUUGAAAUACCAAAUACAGUGACUUCUCUGUGUAGUUCGUGCUUUGAGAAAUGCACUUCUCUCGACGAACUUAACAUUCCAGACACUUGUUCGGUCUUACAUGACAAAAUAUUGUCAGAGUGUUCGAACCUUGAAGCCGUCAGAAUGCCACAAAAUGUUGUUCUGGUUGACGACGAGACGUUUUCUGGAUGUUCGUUUCUUUCUGCAAUUGUUCUUCCAAAAAUGUGUGGCUCGUUUGGUAAAAGGUGUUUCCAAAUGUGUUCCACGUUGACUUCACUGACAAUAUCGUCAAAUUGUACAUCACUUGGCAAUUCAUGUUUUUCAAAAUGUUAUUCGUUAGAAUUUGUUGUGUUACCAAGUCUUUUAUUGGAGAUUGGAAACUACUGUUUUGAAGAAUGUUCCAAAUUAAAAGACAUUGCAAUUCCGUGUGGCGUGAGUUUAAUUGGGUCAUAUGCAUUUUCAAAGUGUUGCAAACUUGAGAAAAUAGAAAUUCCAACAAGUGUAACAUCCCUUUCGAAAAACACGUUCGAGUUUUGCGACAAACUUCAAAUGGUUGAGAUACCAGAAAGUGUAUUACAAAUAUCACAAAAUGCGUUUAAAAAUUGCACUUCGUUGUCUACCGUUCGAAUUCCACACAAUUUGAGUUACUUGGGUGGUGGUGCAUUCUUAUCGUGUUGUUCUUUAAAAGGCAUUACCAUCCCUUUAACGAUCACUUCCCUUCAAAACUCGACGUUUGAAAAUUGCAGUGCACUCUCAGAAAUCAAUUUGAGCCAUAUUGUUUCUCUUGGCAGUUCAUGUUUUUCGAAUUGUUCGAUAUUACAAUCCGUCCAAAUAACAAGUUCGAUGGAGAGAUGGGAAAGUGCGACAUUCAUGAACUGUUCUUCACUCACUGCAAUCACUUUAGUUUCAUUUCUUUCAAUUCCAGACAAGACAUUUUUCAACUGCACUUCUCUCUCGACAUUGUCAAUACCACACUCGGUGACUUCGUUAGGAGAAGAAUCGUUUUAUGGGUGUAUAUCUCUUAAACACAUAUCACUUCCUAAAACAUUAUUUGAAAUUGGACAAAAGUGCUUCUACGGCUGCUUCAACUUGGUUUCGAUUAACAUCCCAUCGACGUGUACGUUAUUUGGCGAUUCGUGUUUUUGUCGAUGCUCCACCAAACUUCAAAGUAAAGUGAUGAAAGAAAGGGCUGGCGUGAAUACCUGCUCUGUCAUGUAA